AUGAAGGGCGGCGCCAAAAAGAACAAGGAAACGGAGAAUCGUUUCGAGAGUCUUCUGCAGCGGAUCGAGAAGCAAUACAAUCCACCCGAGCAACAAGAGCAUGCUCUCAGCUUCCUGUAUUAUCAACGACCACCCGAUGAAGCCGCGUCCGCGUUGGGCCAACAGUUGGCAGUCACCUUUCAAGACUUGUCACUCGAACUUGUUCCAUCGAUGCAAGAAAAGGCUUUGGUCUGCCUUACUAGUCCGCAUAUGAACCCAUCCAUAAUACAAGGCUUUCUCACCACACUGUGGACAACUUCUACCUCGUGGACCGGAAUGGAUUGGUUGCCGUCUUGGAUCUUGCACACGGACAAGUUGUGCUGCUCCGAAUAUGACGACGACGACGACGAACGAACCAAUUGGGAUGCUCUGACUGCCAUGAUUCAUUGCCAUGCCAAGUGCGUUCGGCGGCACUUGCAGCGCCCCGAUACCAACCAAAUCGAAAUGAGCCACGAGAUUGCUGUUUCGUUUCGAAAACUCCAAUCGUCACCGUCGCAAAUUGCCAUGUUGCGAGAAUUCACCAAGGUGGCAUUUUACAUUCCAGAGAACGAGGACGAAACCAAUGUCGAACAUGGUUCCUUACACUCGGUCCGACCUAUGCUGAGUCCUCUCAUGACAACCACAGUCUUGAGCCUGAAGAAACGGCCGCAACAUCAAACAGUAUUAUUCUUGGAAGGUCUUUGGCGAGAAGCAUGGAAUGCAAUUCCGAUCGCACUGGAACAAGGUCUUCAAGCGGAGGUUAUGGACGUUUUGGAAUGGAUGGCAAAGUCUUUGGGUUUGUACUUGUCCAGUAUUAGCUGUUGUUCUCGGAGUGCCGAUAAGAUUGGGGGGAAAGAAAUUGCCCAUCGAUGGUUGAUACAGUUGCUAGAAAUGGCGACCUUUCUCGAACCAUCAUUGGAUUCGGAAAGCAUAGAACUCCAAAUGUUGUCCAAAUGGCUGUCUCGAAUGGUGACUGGGCCACUGAUAUGCAUCUGUGCAACAAUACCGACCUUUCGAAUAUCCCUGCAACCAGUCUUACUGCCAAUUCAAGCCAUCAUUCAAAGACUUAACAGUACAAAGACUUGUCGAUUUACAUUGGAUACAAUUGAGACACACAAGCUCGCUGCGAUGCUCUUGUCAAAUCCCCUACAAGAGGAUGUCAGGGAACUCAUCUUGGUCCUUGCGGCAUCCAUAUCGACGAAUAGCGGUGGAACAAGCUCCUCUAUGGUUGAAUCCAUGCUACGAGGCGUAGGAUCCAUGUUGGUGGCAAACUCCAACUAUUCCAGUAGCUGUGCCGAGUUGAUACGGUCGUUGCCAAAUCGCUCCUCGCGCCACAUUGGAACCAAGACAGCGAGGUCGACGUAUCCAAUGAACAGUCUGUUGCAAAUUGUGGAAGAAGAGCUUACCGAAGAUGUAAAGAGCCUGAUUGACUUUUUAGCAACAGAGGGAUUUUCACUCAAUGCGCAGCAGCUGUCUGCAACACAGCAGAUGGGAGCACUUCUAUUUGGUGUUGGGUUGUUGGAUUCCGAUGCAAGUUGGAAUGAAUCGACCCGAGGCUAUUUCCAUCAUCUUCUAUUGAAGUAUCCCCAUUUGGGCGUGCCACUGCUUCCAAUAGUCAUUGAAUCGAUCAACCGUGCCUGUAUCCGAGGCGACGGGGCCUUUUUAAUCGAUCGGCUGGACUUUUUGUGCGAUACAAUUAUCCAAGACCCCCAGUGCGCUCGAGAAGUUUGGAAUCUAUUGGGAGUACAGCUGAUGCAACCAACCGUUUCAGUUGCCAUCCGUGCAUCAGUCAUUCGACUAUUCCCGAAAAUCUGCGCCUCCAAUAAACGUCUCUACAAACGUGUCAUUGUAGCAUUGGGGAACAGUUUGGUCUUCAACAAAGUCGCUCCAGGACCGCAGGAUAUCAAUGACCAAAAUGAAAUCAAGCUUGCAGUCGCAGCGACUGUGGCUGAGUUGGCACGGGACGACCUCAUUAAGGACGUGACGGACAUUAUUGGAUGGAUUCAAGAUUUCAUUGAAGAUUGUGGGUGGGUGCGAUCGGUGUCCACACUGGAUAAGGAAGUUUCGACAGCCAAAGCUGCAAUUGUGCAUUACGCACUCCUUUGCCUCCACUAUUUGGUUGUGUCACAAGAAUUAGAUUACAAUGUGGUAAUGGUCGUUCUUCGCAAGCGUUUAUGCGAUGUCCAUAAUUUGGAGGAGGUCACCAAACUCCCACCUCUUGUUCUAGAAGCACUUGCGAUACUUUUGGGAGACGGUGAAUGUGAUGACGACGAAAGUGACAGUGACGAUGGACGAGAACAACGUGUUGGGAUCCACCCGCAAGUGCGACAAUCGGUGACAACUCUCAUUCAGCUUGGUCUGUCCGAAACAUUGCACCCCAACGAAAAAGACGUUAACUCACUCGCUAGACAAGUGCUUUCAAAGUGCCGUGAAAACCUUUACGCAUCAUUGAGCCGAUACUCGCUCGAUGCUCUAGGCCUUGACGACGGGGGCAUCAUCGCCGCUUGCUCUGCUGCGAGCAAUCCGGAUACACCGGCAAUGUCGGAAUCUGGCAGGCAAUACAAUGCAUUGAAACUUGUCAUCGAAAAGGGCAUCCAGCGACUACAGGCAGAUGGGGAAAUGAUGAUGCAGAAGGGUCGCUUUGAAGGGUACAAGAGCGAUGGGCAGAAGUCAGAGUCUCUACAAGGUCUGACUUCCAAAAUUCUGAAGUUUGAGGAAGACAUUCUAGGCUCUUCAUUGUGGCAAAAGCGAAGCAAGGCGAAGAAGCGAAAUAAGUCGGAACCGAGUGAAUCGCUUGACAAAUCCUCUUACAUCGCAGCGUUACCUUCUUCCGAGACGAUUCGUGAGCUUUACAACGAGAAUAGGGGUACUGCAACAGCGUUGUCCGCACUUCUCUGUGAUGAUGACAAACCAAUGUCGAACAUCACGAUGCUAGCGAUGGACAUUUGCAACGAGUCUUCGGAUGCCUUGAUUAACGUCAUGUACGUCCAAGCUUGGCUGCACACUUCGAGAAGUUUGCUCCAACAGCUUGUUGCAUCUCAGUCCAGUUCAGAAGGUCUCCAAAACAUUUUUAAUUCAAUAAGGGAGUGGCGUUAUACGCAUGAUAACGCAGACAACAUGAACAUGGCACUGUCUGCUUUGGCUCUUCAUAUCCCUGUUGUCUUGGGACCCUAUGGUGAUCAUUCAAUUUACGUUGGAGAACUAUGUGAUGAAGUCUACAUGGCCUAUCAAGACCAUGGAUUCGAGAAUCCUGACGUGGCAAAGCUCUGUCUUGCGUUUGUUGCUGUCUGUUCCGUGAGAAAUAACGAUUUUUCUCGAGUCACCGAAGUGGUCGAAGCUCUGGAAAAGUCUGUCACAGCAUACGGGGGGAAAGUAAGCUUUGGUGCAUGCUUUGGGCUCGCUUCAAUCGCCCAGGCAUUCUGUGGAGCCGAAGGUGAUACAUCUGAUGGCACAGCAGCGAGAUUCAUUCGCCGAAUUACCGGCUUCUUGCUCAGACAAUUACUUUCAUGUAUCAAGGGGAACUACCCAGCGUUACAACGCCUUCUUGUCUCCGUUGAAAAUGGAUCUAUUGACCCUGAGGUUAUUGACGCGUUGACAGCAUUACGAAGACAACAGCUAGUGGUGGUCGAAUCAAAGAGAGGGAUUGCAAAGAUCAUUUUUAUGGCGUUUGGUCUCUGUUCACGUGCCUUCGCAAUCGUAAAUGAUGAGCUUCUGCUGGGGAUAUACUGCUUCCUUGGUUGUCUUCCAUGGGGGUCGGGAAAGGGAUUUGCAUUGCCAUCCAUACUUCGCACUUGUCUUCGAUGUGGUUUGUUCCAAGAUUCUGAAGUCCAAAAGAUCUAUGCCAAUUAUGCUAGAAUAUUUCAAGAUGGAUUGGACAAUGGCGUCAGAGGCUUGGAUGAUAUCCUGUAUGUUGUGACAGCAACAAAUGCUAAAGUGAUACCACAUUCUACUCGGCGAUUCCUUGUGGGAAAUCCCAGCCUUUUUGACAACGAUGGGCGAUGUGUAUCCCUUCUGUGCGCUGUGUGCUCACUGAGCUCUCUCCCAUGUCUUGGUCAUAAUUCCGAACUGUUCACAGACUCCCCACAGCUUUUGUCUUUCACCACGAAAAGUGAUAUUGUUGGUGUCAGCUCGUUGAUUAUGGAAGCACUUGGAGCGUCAGAUUUUGACCUUGGCAAAUAUUCACAAAUCGGGGUUCUUUUGAUGGGAUAUCUAGCCUCUCUGAAGACGUUUAUCGGUUCGAGUGAUUUGUCCGUCGCCGGCUCAUCUACUCUUCACACGUCCAAAGAGUCAAGGGUUUCACAACUGCCCACGCCACACAAAGGUACUGUCUUGGAAGUGCUUAUGUCUUUCCUAUCACCACAUGUUUUUGAAUCGAGGAAUGAGGUUGUGGCGAAUGAUGGAACCUGUGGUCUCGUUGGCUGUCUUGAAGUGCUUUCGCUUCCUGGGCACUUUGCUGUUUUCAACGAAAAGAUACUUGGCAGAGAUGCCCUGAUUGCAGAAGUUUCUACGAAACUGCUAGUUUCUCAGCUGGAAGGCCGCCCUAGGGCAGUAUUUGAUGGCCGAGAGUUUAUAGACCAGGCAAUAAAGCUUAUCAAAACUCCCUCCGAUCAACUACGAGAAAGCAUUAUCAUGUCAACCUCGCCGCUAUUGUUGGAAUCGCUUGACACGAUUCUAUCAAAAUUACCAACUGAAAGGGUCCAUGAUGCAAUGGAUACCAUAUGGCAAAUGUGCCUCAGCGAAACCGAAGGUUCUUCAUGGGCUCUGUCAUUUCUAGAUGCGACGAAGAGAAUCUUGAUUCGUGGCAACGAAGUGAGGACCUUCAACAUUGCCCCCAAUAAGUUGCGCAUAGUGCAAACGUUCUUGCUACGAAGUGCAUUCGAGGGACUAAGGAACACCAAAUGGACUACCCGGUCUCAAUUGGCGGAGAGAGCCAUUGUGAAGCUCUAUGCUCACUGUUUGGCAGAGAUUCCCAUAAACUCUCUCGUCGAAGUUGAGUUUUUUACGCUUACAGAUCACGAUGGCUUUGUUGGAGAAGCUCUACGAUAUCGCUGCAUCAUGAUACUAGUUCGGCUAGACUACUUUGAGUCUGCUUCACGGGUGUCAAGUGAGAUACAGGCAGCCAUGUCCUGGUUUUCUCGGCAGCUAGUGUCAUCAUUGGAUAGUACCUUUUCCAACAGCCUCUUGAGCAUUUGCUGCUCAAUGAUGGAUGCCACUGAAUUGGAAAACUCCGAUGGGCGCAAGAGUCUUUUGUUUAUGCUUCUGGAUAACCUCAUGCUAGUUGGAGCCCAAGCAAGCAUGAUGGGUCUUCAAAUGCUUGGUGCCCUCGUUGGUCAGUGGACCCGGGGAAGAGGUUCUGACGGUGAUCUCUCUUUAGCCUGCCUAUGCAUACGCCCGCAGACAACGUGGCAAAGCAUGCCCCCAAGAACAGCCCUGAAAUUGUUGGAAAUCCUUGUUCGAGAUAUGCCAUACAACCUGGCGUCGUUUACGAAGAAAGAGAGAAUCAAAGAUGCUGUGUCAAAUCGGCUCCAUAGGAUACAUUCCAGAUGGCUAGAGUAUGACGUGAGCGAGAACAGCCUGAUGUGUUUGAGACAGGCUGUUGCCUUGUGUAGAAGCGAGGAGUCCGAAAACAAUGAUUUUGAUUACAUGGGAAAUACAAUGUUGCAAAAACAGCAACAAUAG